CUCUACUAUGUGGUACCUGUCAACCUAUUAUAAACGCAAAAGCUAAAGCACCAUUUCAAUUCAUUGCUGGGAGAAAACGAACAUGAGUGCCUUGACGAAGCUUGCAAUUCUUUUUCCAUGUUGUUUCAUCCUCGUAGCUUUUGUAAAGCUCCUUUAUGAUUACUUAUGGAGACCUCUCCGUCUACAGCAUAUGAUGAGUUCACAGGGAAUCAAAGGCCCUCCUUACACCUUCAUCCAUGGCAACAACAAAGAAGCUGCCCAAAUGACAAUGGAAGCCUUAAGCAAACCAAUGGCCUUAAGACAUGAUAUAUUUCCCAGAGUACAGCCACAUGUUUACUCAUGUGUCAACAGAUAUGGGAGGAAUUAUCUUGCUUGGGACGGUAAUCGACCUGAACUGGUGAUUACGGAAGCUGAACUUGUCAACGAGGUUCUGAAACAUAGUGUGACAACUUUUCCAAAAAGGAAGCCUACUUUUUUUCUCACUGGGCUAUUUGGGAAUGGGCUUGUGACAGCUCUGGGUGAAAAAUGGGUGAAGCAACGGAAGUUGGCGAAUUAUGCUUUUCAUGGGGAAAGCUUAAAGAACAUGACACCAGCUGUGAUUGCUAGUGUUGAAACAAUGCUAGAAAAGUGGAAAGGCUAUGUAGGCAAAGAGAUAGAAGUAUAUCAUGAAUUUAGAUUAUUGACCUCGGAAGUGAUAUCCAGAACAGCUUUCGGUAGCAGUUACUUGGAAGGGGAGAAGAUUUUUGACAUGUUGAACAAGUUGUCAAUAAUUAGGAGCCGAAAUCUUUCGAAUACUCCUUUGAUCAACAAGUUAUGGAAAUCUGCUGAUAUGCUAGAGUCUGAAGAACUUUCAAAAGGAAUACAAGAUUGUGUGAUGAAGAUUGUUAAGAAAAGAGAAGACAAAGUUGAGAACGGAGAAGCCAAUAGCUUCGGCAAUGAUUUUCUGGGAUUACUUGUAAAAGCCUAUCAUGAUCCAGACAAAAAUAACAGGCUUUCAAUGGAAGACUUGGUGGAUGAGUGCAAAACAUUCUACUUUGCUGGACAAGAUACUGUUAAUUCCUUACUUGCAUGGAUGGUCUUCCUUUUAGCAAUUCAUGGAGACUGGCAAGAGAAAGCAAGAAGAGAAGUGUUUGAGAUAUUUGGUAACCAAAUUCCAGAUUCUGAAGACAUUUCUAAACUCAAAAUCUUGACCAUGAUUAUUUACGAAACUCUAAGAUUGUAUGGUCCAUCAAUUGCCAUGAUGAGAAGAGCUGAAAGAGAAGUUCGGUUAGGGAAGCUAGUCUUGCCUGCUAAUCUAGAUCUUCUAGUUGUACAUUCUGCAGCUCACCAUGACCCUCAACUAUGGGGAGAUGAGGUACAUCUUUUUAAACCAGAGAGAUUCGCAGAAGGGAUUGCCAAAGCUAUCAAUUACAAUGUAGGUGCAUUUUGUCCCUUUGGAUUGGGACCUCGGAAUUGUGUUGGUAUGAACUUUGCAAUCACAGAAGCGAAGAUAGCACUCUCCAUGAUUCUACAACGCUACACCAUUUCCCUUUCCCCUGCCUAUGUCCACUCACCAAUACCUUAUAUCACCGUUCAACCACAACAUGGAAUUCAAGUAAUACUCGAGUCACUGCAUAACGAUGCGUAAUGUAACAUAGCUGCUAAGAAUUCGGGGUUUAAAUAAGUUUAUUAUGUAUUCACCUUCAACUUGUUUAAGUCAAAAUUUAGUGAAAAAUAAUUAUUAUUAUUCUAUAAAA